AUGCCGAGGGAGGCGUGCAGUGGGCUGUGGAGGUCAGAGGACAUGGUGGUCCUCUCUCUCCACAUGCAGCGCGAAGUGGCCCACGACGCCGUUCUGAAGCUCGGCGAGAUCGGGCAGUUUCAGUUCCAUGACCUCAACAAGGACGUGAGCGCCUUCCAACGUGACUUCGUGCAGGAGGUGCGCCGCUGCGACGACAUGGAGCGCAAGCUGCGCUUUCUGCAAGAUGAAAUCGACAAGGCCGGCGUGGCCACCAUCGUGGACAGCGGCGCGGAGGACGAGACAAUGUCUUCGCUCGAGCACAAGAUCGACGAGGUCUACGCGGAGGUUGUAGAGCUUAAUGAGCAGUAUCAGGCCCUCAUCGAGGAGCGCAACCGCUCCAAGGAGCACCUCGAGAUUCUCUCGCGCGACUUUGGCGGGGCGUCCGGCGACGGGCUGCUGUUGGUGACCGGCGUCAUUCCGAAGGAGCGCAUUCCGCUCUUUGAGCGCCUCGUGUACCGUGUCACGCGUGGCAACUCUGUCAUGCGCGUGGACGACAUCGAUAAGCCGUUCUACAACAUCAACGCGAACGAGCCGGUGCACAAGAGUGUGUUUGCCGUGUACUUUUCGGCCCCCCGGCUGCGCGAGAGGCUUAUCAAGAUGGCGGAGGCGAAUGCGGCGACCGUGUAUAACUACGCCGACUCUGAGCAGCACCUGAUCAGCAUGCACGCCUCGCUACAGCAGCAGGUGGACACUAUCACCCAGACCCUUCAUCAGUCGGCCUACCGCCAGCGGCAGGUGCUCCUCGGAAUUGCGGCUUCCUGCUACGAGUGGCGCCGCGCUGUGGUGACGGAGAAGGCGGUGUUUGCGACUAUGAACAUGCUGAAGUUCUCAGGGUCGACCGCGAUCGCGCAGGGCUGGGCGCCAGUGCGUGCGCGCGACGACAUUCACACAGCAAUCGCUGAGGCCGAGUACCUGAGUGGGGCACAGGUGGGGACGAUCAUCGAGGAGCUGGAGACGAAGGAGACGCCGCCGUCGUACUUCAAGACAAACAAGAUCACGGCCUCUUUCCAGAGUAUCGUCGACAGCUAUGGCGUGGCCCGCUACAAGGAGGCGAACCCCGGUGUGUUCACAAUCAUCACCUUUCCCUAUCUCUUCGGUGUCAUGUACGGCGACAUCGGCCACGGAAUCAUUCUCACCCUCUUUGCCGCCUUCCUAGUCUUCAAGGAGAAGAGCUUCGAGGGGCAACCUCUGAACGAGAUUUUCUCCAUGAUCUUUGGUGGCCGCUACCUGCUACUGCUGAUGGGCUUCUUCGCGGUGUACAUGGGGCUCCUGUACAACGAUAUGUUUGGCUUCUCCAUUGAAAUCUUCACCUCGGCCUACCGCUGGCCGCAGCUGCCGCCGGAUGGCCCGGACGGGAUUGUGUACCCCUCCUUCCCCACUGGGCGCCCCAGCGUCAAGCCGUACUCGCCCGUCGCCUUUGGCAUCGACUCCGCCUGGUCGGAGACGGAGAACAAACUGGAGUUCUACAACUCGAUCAAAAUGAAGUGCUCUGUCAUCAUUGGCGUGACGCAAAUGAUGGCUGGCGUGGUCAUUUCCCUCACAAACUACAUGUACUUCAAUGACAACAUCAAGGUGUGGUUCCGCUUCGUUCCAGAGGUGGUUUUUCUCUCGUGCACCUUCGGCUACAUGUGCGUCCUCAUCAUUGUGAAGUGGUUGACCACGUGGGAGAACACACACGAUGCCCCGUCGCUACUGGAGACGAUGACUAACUUCUUCCUGGCGCCGGGUACCGUUACCCUGCCACUCUUCUCGGGCCAGGCUGCCCUGCAGGUGCUGCUUCUGCUGGUGGCCUUGGCCUGCGUGCCAUGCAUGCUGUGCGUCAUUCCGUACGUGGAGAAGAAAGAGCAUGACCACAAGAUGCAAGAACGUGCCACACAUCCACCUGCGGAGGGCGAGGGGGAAGAGGAAGACAACUUUGAGUUCAGCGAGGUCAUCAUCCAUCAGAUUAUUCAUACGAUCGAGUACGUGCUGGGCUGCGUGUCGAACACCGCCUCGUACCUGCGCCUGUGGGCUCUCUCCCUUGCCCACUCUCAGCUGUCGGAGGUGUUCUGGAGCUUUGCCUUCCUCCUCACGGUCGAGUACGACAACGGCAACGGAAUCUGUAUCUUCGUUGGCUUCGCUGUGUGGAUGGCGGCGACCAUUGGCGUGCUGCUCGGCAUGGAGUCGCUGUCCGCCUUCCUGCACGCGCUACGUCUUCACUGGGUGGAGUUCAACAACAAGUUCUACGCCGCUGACGGCCACGCGUUCGAGCCGUUUGACCUCGCGGAGUCGCUGAGCAAGCUGCGCUAA